CUGAAGCACCCACCACGUCCACCACCAUCACUCUCUUCUCUCUCUCUCUACUGUAUCUAGAGAGAGAAAGUUAAAAAAGAAAGAAAGGGAAAAAGAAAAAAUAAUUUAUCAUUUUGAGAAAGGAGUAAAGCGAAAACCUUCACCUACGAGACUCCAUUGGUGGAGGGUAGGGUUUUCGUAAAACCAAAAAAACAUAAAACACAGCAAAAUUCACAACACACACCGCCACUCUUUCAAACCACCCACAGAGGGAGAAGGCCGGAAUGUCGGUUCCCACAUGACCCGAUUCGGGCGAUCCGGUUCAGCCUUCCGAGAUCUCGCCGCGUCGCCUGCUCAGGAUUUGCAUUUUUUGGAUUGGUCGAUUUGAGUGGCGUCGGUGUUUAUUUUCCUCACUCUUUCCGUCUCUAAUUUCGUCUCCAAUUGGUGGGGUUUGGUGAUUGAAUCUACAUUGUGGUUCUGAGGUUUUGUUGGUGGGGUUUUUGAUGGUUUUAAGAUUUGAUUAAUCAAGAUUAUCGCGAUCUGCGCUGAGAAGUGCAUACAUUUGAUUAUAUGAAAGAGGGCGCAGAAGAGGGAGUGUGAGUACAAUCGAAGGAAAAUGAAAUCGGACGGGGCUCUUGACUAUGCUGUAUUCCAGUUGUCGCCCAAGCGGUCAAGAUGUGAAUUAUUUGUUUCCAGAGAUGGAAACACUGAGAAGCUUGCAUCGGGAUUGGUAAAGCCAUUUGUGACUCAUUUGAAGGUUGUGGAAGAACAGGUCGCAUUGGCAGUUCAGUCUAUUAAGCUCGAAGUUGAAAAAUAUAAAAAUGCUGAUUUGUGGUUCACUAAAGGAACGCUGGAGAGGUUUGUGAGGUUUGUUAGUACACCAGAGGUUUUGGAACUGGUCAAUACAUUUGAUGCAGAGGUGUCUCAGUUGGAAGCAGCCCGGACAAUCUAUUCGCAGGGGGUAGGAGAUCCGGUUUCCAGCGCAUCAGGUGGAGAUGUAACAGGAUCCGUGGCCGCGGCUGAUGCAACCAAGAAGGAGCUCCUGAGGGCCAUUGAUGUAAGACUUGUCGCGGUUAGACAGGACUUAACCAUGGCUUGUUCUCGGGCAUCAGCUGCUGGUUUUAACCCAGAGACAGUAGCAGAACUCCAGAUCUUUUCUGAUAGGUUUGGUGCUCACCGGUUAAGUGAAGCUUGUAGCAAAUUCUUUUCAUUGUGCCAAAGGCGGCCGGACCUCAUCAGCACCGCAACAUGGAAGGGCGGCGCCGACGACCGAGCCGUCAGGUCAUCUUCCGGGUCGGACAUGUCCAUAGAUGAGCCGCCCGAAAACAAACAGCCGGCGGCCCAAGAGCCUGACGUGCCGAAGCCCUCCACGUGUCAGCCAACCAAGUCCACCACCCUCAACUUCCCUGGUCGACGUAGCCUAGGCGAGAAGGAGAAGGAGAAGGAAGGCGACGGUGGUCCCGAGAAAGAGACUCCGACUCCGACUGAAACGUCGUCAGCGUCUUCAAUUCAGGGGAGUCAACCCGCGAGGCGACUCAGCGUGCAGGACCGAAUUAACCUCUUUGAGAACAAACAGAAGGAGAGCUCUACUAGCGGUAGUGGUGGAAAAGUCGUGGUUGGGAAGUCCGUUGAGCUGAGGCGGCUUUCUUCUGACGUGUCAUCCGCUCCGGCGGUGGUUGAGAAGGCUGUUCUAAGGAGAUGGAGUGGGGCCAGUGACAUGAGCAUUGAUUUGAGCUUCGAAAAGAAGGAUACGGAAAGCCCCUUGUGCACGCCUUCUACUUCUUCCCUUCCGCAGACCAAAUCUUUGACCGAUACAGCAACUCCAAAUAGUGCCGAACCCAAGGGUGUUUUCCCCCCUAGACCCUGUGAUUCUGGGUUCAAAGAUCCAUCGAAUAGUGGGACUGGGUCGGUCUCAGUCCGGGCUGACGACCAUCAAGCAGUUUCUCAAACCCAAUUCAGAUCUUUUCAGGGUAAAGCAGAGAAGCUUGGUUUUACCAAUCAUUCGGCUUUGCAAGAGAGGUUGAAGGGUUCCUCUGGAGGUGAAGAUCACGGUGUAAAUAAAGAUCAGGUAGCUUCUGAGAUACAGUCAAAAGUUGUAUCUGAUCGGGCUGAGCCCGCAGGAUUGAAAAACCAGGGCUCUGCUCUCACUCAGUUUGGAGUUUCUUCCAAUAGAGUGGAUGAUGCUGGAAGUAGAGAUCAGGCAAUUGCUCAAUCGGGUUUUCGGGGCUCUCUGAGACAAGCUGUAGAGGUUGCUCCGAAUUCUAAGGAUUUAUCAAGUUCUCAGGCUCAUUCCAAAUUGCCCUCCGGGCAGCUGGAAGGUGGAAUUGGUUCAAAAGUUAGGGAAGCUUCUUUGUCUGUAACAAAAGUGUCUGUGGUUGAUGAACUGACUCCUCAGCCCCAGUGGAAGUCCUUUGUAGGAGAAAUUGAGGAAGAGGAAAAGAGAGAUUUGGCAUCGUCAGACAAGAAACCCACAACAGUGGACGAUUCUACACUGCAGAGAAUGAAGUUCCAGAAGCAGGUUUCUGGUCCUGAACAGAUCAAGAAGUCACAAGUAAAGAGGGAUGAGAGCAGUUCCUUUUAUGGGAAUACUAAGCCUGCUUUUGCUGGUAAAAGGGGCUCAGAUAAUCAAGAGAGCUUCACUUCGUUCUCAACUGCACCUAUAGAACAAGUUCAGAGGGUAAGGCAGUCUAAAGGAAAUCAGGAACUCAAUGAUGAGCUGAAAAUGAAGGCAAAUGAACUUGAAAAGCUUUUUGCAGAGCACAAGCUUCGAGUUCCGGGAGAUCUGUCCACCUCUUCAAGGAGAAGCAAGCCUGCCGACAUGCAGGUGGAACCAGUAGUAAGUUCCCAGUACAGAAAACCCACAACUGAGAUUGAUUCUGCACAAUUUCCUGACAAGAACAUGAUGACACCUGUGGGGAGUUCCAGUAAUUUGGCAAAAUUCAAUGUUAGUCCAGUAAUGAAAACGGUAGAUAAUGAAAAUUAUGGAGAUACUCUCAGGCAGAAUCUCUCUGAGCUUGGUUUUUCAGAUGAUUCUAGAGGAAAAUUCUAUGAUCGGUAUAUGCAGAAAAGAGAUGCAAAACUGAGGGAAGAAUGGGGUUCUAAGAGGGCAGAGAAGGAGGCCAAGAUGAAGGCUAUGCAGGAUACCCUUGAACGCAGUAGAGCGGAGAUGAAGGCCAAAUUUUCAUUAUCAGCAGACAGAAAGGAUUCAGUAUCCAAUGCUCGUAGACGUGCUGAGAAACUCAGAUCGUUCAAUAUGAGAUCCGCUAUGAAGAGGGAGCAGUUGUCAAUUGAUUCCAUUCAGAGUGAAGAGUAUGAAGAUGAAUCUGCAUUUCUUGAACAGAAGCCUUAUGGUCAAGAUAAAUUGUUUAGUGAGGCAGCUUUUGGAGAUAGUGCAUCUAGGAGCACCCAAACCAAGAAGUUUUUGCCUAACAGGAAUUUAUCUUCAGCCACCCCUCGCACCUCAGCAACACCAGUUCCACGGUCAUCUGCAAAAGCUCUCAAUUCUAGUUCUGGGAGGCGAAGAGCGCAAUCAGAAAAUCCCCUUGCACAGUCUGUUCCCAACUUCUCUGAUUUCAGAAAGGAAAACACAAAGCCUUCUUCUGGAAUCAGCAAAGUAACACCGCGAUCGCAGUUGAGAAGCAUUGCCCGCACCAAGAGCAACAGUGAUGAGAUGACUCUUUUCAAGGAAGAGAAGCCAAGGCGAUCUCAGUCCUUGAGGAAAAGCUCUGCUAAUCCUGUAGAGAGUAAGGACUUGUCUGACUUGAACUCUGAUGGUGUGGUUCUGGCACCAUUAAAAUUUGAUAAAGAGCAGACUGAGCAAGGCCUCUAUGACAAAUUUUCUAAGAAUGUGGAGUCAAAGCCUUUUCUUAGGAAGGGCAAUGGCAUAGGUCCUGGUGCUGGAGCUAGUAUUGCUAAGUUGAAGGCCUCAAUGGCAUCUGAGGCUUUGAAAAAUGAAGAAGAAUUUGAUGAGUCUACCUUUGAGGUGGAAGAUUCAGUGGAUAUGGUAAAAGAGGAGGAGGAAGAAGAAGAGUUUGAAACCAUGACGGCAGAAGAUGGUACAGAUAUGGAUAAUGGAAAACCAAGACUGAGCCAUGAAUCUGACAAAUCAGGUAAUUCUGAGUCUGAAAAUGGUGAUACUUUAAGAUCUCUAUCUCAAGUGGACCCUGCCUCAGUAGCUGAGUUGCCUGUGGCAGUUCCUUCGGCAUUCCACACAAUAGGGUCUGUGCAGGAGUCACCAGGGGAAAGCCCUGUGUCAUGGAACUCUCGCAUGCAUCAUUCUUUUUCUUAUCCAAAUGAGACCUCAGAUAUUGAUGCGUCUGUGGACUCUCCAAUUGGAAGCCCUGCAUCUUGGAAUUCCCAUUCACUUACCCAAACAGAGGCUGAUGCUGCUCGGAUGAGAAAGAAAUGGGGAAGCGCUCAAAAACCUAUUCUCGUUGCCAACUCUUCCCACAACCAAUCUCGCAAGGAUGUGACAAAAGGGUUUAAACGGUUAUUAAAGUUUGGAAGGAAACACCGUGGGACAGAGAGUCUGGUUGAUUGGAUAUCUGCUACAACUUCUGAAGGAGAUGAUGAUACUGAAGAUGGACGUGAUCCUGCCAAUCGUUCAUCUGAAGAUUUGAGGAAAUCGAGAAUGGGAUUCUCUCAAGGUCAUCCAUCUGAUGAUAGCUUCAAUGAAAGCGAGUUGUUCAAUGAACAUGUUCAAGCCUUACAUAGCUCUAUCCCAGCACCUCCUGCAAACUUCAAACUGAGGGAGGAUCAUCUAUCUGGAAGCUCUUUAAAAGCUCCACGAUCAUUCUUCUCACUCUCAUCCUUCCGGAGCAAGGGAAGUGACUCAAAGCCCAGAUAACUGCCACUGAGAAAAACCCAGAGCUCUGAAUGUCUGGUUCAUCAUCAAUGGUGGGGUGUAAAGGAUGAUAUAUAUAUAUAUAUAUAUAUAAAUAGAAAAUGCUUGAGGUAGGCACCAUACAAUCAUAUAUAAAAGACCUACAAUGCCAUCUUGUAUACUCCAUGGAUCUGUCAGGCCUUCCUCACAAUUUAGUCAGUUAUUUCUGAUAGUUGUGUUGAAAUAUGUUGUAUAUUGUAUUGAGCAAAAAGUCGCCAAUUGGUGUGACAUCAUUGUGAUUUUGGUAGUCCAGGGCAUUCUUUUUCUCCUCUUCAUUUGCUCUUUAGCCUUGUGUGAUGUAUAUCAGAAGUUGAACUAUUGUUAGAAUCAGAAAUGUUGACAGUUUUAAGAA